GGCUCGCGGCUCUCACUGCCGCAGCCGAAGACUGUGCCUCCCGAGGAGAUGCAGCAGGAGUUGCCUUUGCGCGCUGCAUUGAGGAUUCGGCUCCGUUCCCGAAUUUCCUGCUGCCGAGACCAAUGUUUGACGAAGCAUUGCGGAAUGCCAGCUGUCGUCUGCCGGGGGCAUCCAGCGCCAUGCGACGACACAGUGUAGGUGUCAGCAGCGAAUCCAACUGUUCGCUGGAGGACAGGAAGCUUGAUGUGGAGGUAUUCCGAGAACAUCCCCCUGUUGCGUUGAUCAAGAGCUUUGCCUCCAAUGCAGCUUGCGCACGGCUGCUGGAGGCUGCCGGAGGGUUCGAGAACCUCUCGGAUGCCGUCGCCAAGGGCGCAGCUGGAGGCUUCUACCGGAGGUCCUCCAGCAAGAAUCUGGCCAACCAAGUGCUGGAGGCCGACGAGACGUUGCGAAGUCUCCGGUAUCAGAUGUUUAAAGUUACUGGCGAGCUCACCAGAUACAAGUUGAACUGGACAUCUCCAGAGCCGUUGAACAUCGCGGCCUACAGAAAGCCAGGCGACGAGUACAGACCACACUGCGAUGGCCGGUGCGGCGGCGACCGCCAUCGUCCUGGCGAGCGUGUGGCCACCAGCAUCUUGUAUUGCCAAGUACCUGCAGAAGGUGGACACACCACUUUCACCAUGGACAGCCUGAAAAUCGGCCCUGAUCAAGGAGACAUGCUGGUUUUCGGCUACCUGAUCGGCCAGACUAUGGCGAGACAAGAGGCUGAGCACAGCGCUUGUCCGGUACUGGCAGGAGGAAAGUGGAUUGCCACGCAGUGGUACGCAGAAGAAGCAGAAGACCAAGUGUGA